GUCUUAGAAACAAACGAACGAAGCAGAAGCAGAAGCAGAAGCAGAAGCAGAAACUCGAAUGAUGGAGAAAUUUACGGUUCUGCCACUCUGUGUUCUCCUCCUCCUCCUCACUAUCUUCCUCUGCUCGGAGGCCUCGGCCCAUAAUGACGACGCGCUGUGUGGAUUUCCGGUGGUGACGAGGGAUCAACGGACGAUAAUCGUCGAGACGGAGUUAGGGGAAAUCUCGGCCGUCGAGAUCAAUGACGGAUGCGGAAUCAGAGGGAAACACCACAUACAUUUCAUAACGCUGGAUCCUAACGCUCUCUUGCUUCCUGUUCUUCUCCACUCCGACAUGGUGUUCUUCGUACACACAGGAAGUGGAAAUCUCACUUGGGUCGACGAAGACAAGGAGACGAUGACCGAAAUAAGACGAGGGGACGUGUACAGGCUACGUCCCGGUACGAUCUUCUACAUACAGAGCAACUUGGAAACGGAGGUCAGAGAGAAACUUAGGGUUUACGCAUUCUUCUCCGGCAACGAGGCAAAUAUAUACGAUCCGUGUUUCGGACCGUAUUCGAGUAUUAGAGAGCUCCUGUUUAGCUUUGACGAGAGAAUUCUCCGGGCAGCCUUUGCGGUCCCUGAAGAGGUUAUCGAGACGCUAAGAAACGCGACCAAGCCGCCUUUGAUAGUACAAGGGUUGACGAAGAACAGAACAGAGGGAUCCGAGGAUUACUCGUGGCAGCUCCAGUCCAGGUUCUUGAAGCUCUUCGUUGGAGAUGAGGAUGGUGAUUUGGGAUUGGACCCGAUCAUCGAUAUGACUAAUAAGAAGAAGAAGAAGACGAAGAAGAGAACGUACAACGUGUUCGAAGCAGAUCCCGACUUCGAGAACUGCAAUGGUAGGAGCAUCACUGUCAACAAGAAAGAUUUGCAUGCGUUGAAGGGAUCUAGUGUCGGAGUUUUCAUGGUCAAUCUAACAAAGGGAUCGAUGAUGGGUCCGCAUUGGAACCCAAGGGCAUGCGAAAUAUCGAUCGUACUGAGAGGGAAAGGGAUGAUUCGGGUGGUGGGUUCGAGCGAAGAGAUCAUGAAAGAGAAAAAGUGCAAGAGCAAGAGGCUCAUGGUCGGGGAAGGAGAUGUUUUCGCGGUGCCAAGGUUUCACGCGAUGGCUCAGAUGUCAUUUAACAACGACUCGUUCGUGUUCAUGGGUUUCAGCACUUCGGCAAGAACGAACUAUCCAGAGUUCAUAGCGGGCAAGAGCUCGGUCUUACGGCUGUUGGACAGGAAUGUAUUGGCGGCGACGUUGAACGUGAGCAAUAACACGACCGAUCUGCUGUUGGGUGCCCAGAAGGAAGGGGUGAUGUUGGAGUGCACGUCUUGUGCGGAGGAAGAGCUGGCCAGGCUGAUGGAGGAGAUCCAGCAGGAGAAAGAAGAAGAAGAGGCGAGAAACCGAGAGGGAGAGAGGAAGAGGGAGGGAGAAGAGGCGAGGAGGGAAGCGGAAGAGAGGGAGAUGAGAUGGGGAGGAAGAGGGAGAUGAGGAACAGAAGCAGAAGCCCUGAAAGAAGAUCUCAUUUGAGACUUUGAUGCUGAAAAGUUUCAUACUUUAAUCCCUGCAAGCGUUUUUCAGGCAUCAUGGCUUUAGAUUUUGAUGUUGUGUUCAUUUUUUUUUGUUUUGUUUCAAAACGUGUCAGUUUUGGGUUGAUGUGCGACGCUUUACGUUUUUGAAUCGUCUUUUAAUUUUAUCGAUA